AUGCAACUUUAUUUGACUAUGGGGUUUCAAACCAAUGUUCUCCACUUAAAGACAUACAAGCAGAAGUUGGUUGUCUUCCCAAGGCGUGCUGGCAAAUUUAAGGCUGUUGUUUCCACAGCUGAGGAGCUAGCAAAUGCAACCCAGCUCCAAGGUCCUCUCUUGGCAAUUCAACAAGAGAAACCAGUCACCGAACUCGUGAAGGUCACUGCAGAUAUGAAGAAAGUCAAUGCAUAUGACAAGCUUCAUAUUAACCUGAUAUUGGCUGAUCUUCGUUCUAAGAGCAUGCUUUAUGUAACCAACAGGCCAAAGGAGGGGAAAAAGUGUAUCACUGAGGUUUCACCAGGGAUUCAUGUAUUGACAAAUGAUGCAAUGCUUGAUUUUGCUUGGCCUAAGUCUCUCGCACUUGGCAAUAGUUUCAAAGAGAUGCUAAACAAGUACGGAGAUGAUGAAGCUUCGUUAAAUGAAAUGGCUCUACAACUAAUGACAGACACAACUCGAGACGACAAAAGCCUGCUACCUUGCAUUUAUUCUUCAGAACUAGAAUAUAAACGAAGUUCCAUAUUUAUUGAUCAUUUCCGCCAUGAAUUGGGGAAAUAUGGUACUAGAAGCACUGAUGCAAUGUCUGUCAACACAAAUGGGGAAGUCACCAUUUAUGAGAGAUAUAUAGCAUGGGAUUGGUAUGAAAAGACCGAGACCUUCCAGAUUAAACAGACUACUGAAUAGUAAGCAUAUGGUUCAGUAAAUCUCAAUUUAUCAGAAAAAUCCAGGAAUCGUCAUAAGCCAUCUCUAUUUGGAAUUUGUAGACGAGUGCCGUAAUAAUGUAAUAUACUAACCUUAGUUCAGAAACUUAGUCUUUCUUUGUGUC